CCUGCUUGGGAGGAAGAUACGGGUCAGUGGGGCGAAGUAACGGGAUUUUCAGCGUUAAUUGUUUACGGUGGCGGAGUUAUUGCUCGGUAAAUGUCAGUGUAAAAUGGCGAGCAGUUAGCUGACCUCCGGGGUUCCUAGAAACAGCCGAGAGAACAAAACACCCACCACGUCGACUACAGGGUAUUGUUUAUGCCAGCUAACUCCAGAGUAGGAGGGAUGUAGCUGCGCUCGCUCAGCUGCGGCUUCACAGAGAAGACGCCCUCUUUCUCGGCCACCCCCAUCACCGCACGCAGCGCCCCGAUGCCUAACACAUCAGAAGGUCAAGGAGCGAACCUCCCCCGGCCCGCGGAGCGGUCGGAGCUGCGGAGGCCCGCGGAUGGAGAGGAGGAGGAGGACCACGGGCUGAUCAGCUCUCUCGCCCGGGACGCCGCGAGGCUGAGGCGGGCUUCGAGUGCUGAGCUUCACCUGCAGUGGACCUGCCCGGUCACGCACUCCCGGGAAAAGUUCUACACGGUCUGCUCCGACUACGCUUUGCUCAACCAGGCGGCCUCCGUGUACUGCUGUCCGCCGAAGGUGGCCAGGAACAAGCAGGAGGACGGGGCCCCGCUCGGGAAGCCCAAAGCCUCCUCGGACUUCAGCGGCGGUCACACUGGAGGGGGUCCUGUGGGGUCAGACGGGGACUGCGACGUGGAUGAGGUGUCCUCCGGCCACGCUAAGCCUCUUCUGGCCUGGGAGAUUGACACAGCGGACUUUAAUACCGUAUUCACUAGGAAAAUAAGAACCAGCAAUGGGAAGAAAUGCAGCUCUAAGAAGAUGAGGGCUUCAGACAGACCCAGCAGGAAUCUGCAGGAUGUCCCUGUUCUUGCAUCCCUGGAGGAGAUCAAGCAGAGGAAAGUGCUGGACCUCAGAAGAUGGUACUGCAUCAGCCGGCCGCAGUACAAGACGUCUUGUGGCAUCUCCUCGCUGGUGUCCUGUUGGAACUUCCUGUACAGCACUCUGGGUGCAGGAAGCCUUUCGCCCAUCUCUCAGGAGGAGGCGCUGCACAUUCUGGGCUUCCAGCCGCCUUUCGAAGACAUCAAGUUUGGCCCCUUCACCGGCAAUGCCACGUUGAUGCGGUGGUUCAGGCAACUCAACGACAAUUUCCGAGUGCGAGGUUGCUCCUACAUUUUGUACAAACCUCACGGUAAACACAAGACGGCUGGAGAAACGGCUGAAGGUGCGCUGAUGAAGCUGACCCAAGGCUUGAAGGAUGAGUCCAUGGCCUACAUUUACCACUGUCAGAACCAUUACUUCUGCCCAGUGGGCUUCGAGGCUACGCCACUGAAAGCAGCAAAGGCCUACAGGGGUCCUCUGCCCACAAAUGAAAUGGAGCACUGGAUCUUAAUCGGCGAGCCCAGUAGGAAACAUCCAGCGAUCCACUGUAAAAAAUGGAUGGACAUCGUGACCGACCUCAACACGCAGAAUCCAGAGUACCUGGACAUCCGCCACACAGAGCGGGGACUGCAGCGCCGCAAGACCAAAAAGGUGGGCGGCAACCUGCACUGCAUCAUGGCCUUCCAGAGGGUGAACUGGCAGAAGCUCGGCCCCUGGGCUCUAAACCUGGAGAACCUGCGCCACGACUUCCAUCAGCCGGCCUCAGACCGGGACCACGGCAGCGUGGCCGACGACUUGGAGGAGAGGACGCCGUCCAAGCGUCUGACCCAGCUGGGACGCUCGCAGAGCAUGGGGAGUCAGAAGGACACCUGCAGCUGGAAACGGCUGUCCAACACCACGGAGUACAGACAGAGGAGCUCCCCCGAGAGCGACCUGGAGGAGGACAUCACAGACUGAGACGCUUCCUGUGGACAUUCAGGGGCGGGACGUCGUGACAACCGACGACAAAACACAGAGCAGAUGAUUCUAAAGGAUAGGCCCCGUAAAAAACCUUGCAAAGUGUUGGUUCAGCUCAUUGUUUUAACAGCGUUUAUUCGUAGUUUUUAGGAAAUAUUUAAAUAGCGUUUAAAGGUCUUUGUUGGUAUUGGGCAUUCCUUUGACCUCAUCACAUCUAAAAUCCUUUUUCCUGUUUUGUGUCCCCACAAACACGAACAACCCCCUAAGCUGUGACUCUAUUUUUCCGGUUUCAGGGGUGACCCAAAGGCUACAGCAGCUUCAAAAUAUACGUUUCCACUAUUUCAUCUUAGCACUGCCAAAGGAUUUCCUUGUUUUCCACAAGCGACCUAGCAAGGGGAGAAGGUGAACCAAGACUUCUCCAGCCACUGGAAACAGACAAAUUCCAGUCCGAAUAGAAGCCUAACUGGUCUUAAAAUCCCAUCCGAACUUUUUUUGGUCAGCUCUAGAACUUGCGCUGACAUCAACACUCUUCGGCAUGAAGGUUAUCACUGAAUGAAGAAGACUCAAUCUUAACUGUUUUGAAUAUUAGUUUCCGGUCCAUGGACAGGGAAUAGAGACACAAACACUGUCAUCUUUUGCAACAUUCAUAAAAAAUAAUGGCAAAUCAUGAGGAGGGAAGAAUUUACUACGUUAGCGUAAUAGGGCUGUUGUAGAUGGAGAAAGAAAAGAACAUUUCCGCCAAAAAACAGGAAUUUUUAGAUCAAUGUCAGGAAUGUGCUAGAAAGACGAGGAAAUUUCUGAAUUCCAAAAAACCCAAAUUUUGAGAUUAAUCUCAGAACAUUUAUAGAAAAAAACAAGGAAAAUUCAGAGUUUGAAAAGCCAAACAUUU